GGUGUUGGGUGACUUACUGCGCUAGCUAGCAUGCUAGCUGAAAAGCAAAUCGAUGAAGUACAUAAGCUAAAGCUAACCCUUUAAAAAACUGCGAUUGACCUCUUCAUAGAAACUGGAUGUUCAUUUAGUAUUUGGAAUUAAUCAAACAGACCGACACUCGCUUGCUGGAAUACGCUGCUAACAUCGAUGUUAGCAACUAGCCAGCCAGUGUAAAUGCUUUUCACUAGAAUGGACCUGUUGAAUUCUCAGUUCCUGGACAAAAUGAACAACAACAUUGGGAGACUGCAUUACGAAGGUGAAUCCAGGAUGCCCUCCCUUCCCACUACUAUGCCCAACAUAAGAACCGGCCCUCCUUCAAUCUGCCCAAGCAAAAGGAAAUAUGGUGAAGAACAAAUGGAAGACCGUAUUGACUGUGACAACGACCAUAUGACCAAAAUGAGCAGGCUGUUUGCAGCUCAGCUAGCUCGGCCUGCAGCUCGAGAAAACCGCAAUGAACACUGGAGUCUCAGCCACAGCCCUGUGGAGAGCAUGACUUCUUCCUCCAACGGUCUCCAUGGUAGCCACCUGUAUGCCUCCAUCCCUGGCUAUGCCAUUGACCAGCCCCUGGCUCUGACAAAAAGCAGUCUGGACAUUGGAGUCGGUGGCAGUGAGAGAUCUGUCAUGGCUGGUUGUGCAGAGCGCCAGCAGAAUCGUCCUUCUGUCAUCACUUGUGCCCCGACAAGCAACCGCAACUGUAACCUUUCUCACUGCCAUAUGAACGGCUGCUCUCCAAGCCCACCCAUAGAUGAGAGGAAGGUCAAUGCCAACACCAUUUGCGAUCCUGUGAUUGAAGAGCACUUCCGUCGAAGCCUUGGAAAGAAUUACAAGGAGCCAGAGCCUGUCUCCAACUCUGUUUCCAUCACCGGCUCAGUGGAUGACCACUUUGCCAAAGCGCUUGGGGAGACCUGGCUCCAGAUCAAGGCCAAGGGAGGGGAUCCCCAAAGCCCAGAGGCCAACAUGUGAAGCAGAGGGAAUCUACAAUUGCUUGCCUCAGUGCUGACUAGUGAACCGCAAUCACUUCCUUAGUGUUUCCAGAUGAAAGUGGAGAUUGACCACUAUGUCAUCUGUUACCAAGCGUUAACUCCCAUUAGCUAAGAACAAAGUAAGAGAGUGAUGUAUUAGUUUGAAUAUGGUGCUCACAUAGUUUAUCUGUAGACCUAAAGGUCACCUAGCUGUCAAAUGACUCUACGUUUAAUUUUGUACCCUAAAAUUACACCCUAAAAAGUUGUGUAUAUUUUUUGAAUAAGUAGAGGAGAGAUGAAAAGAAAUAUUCCACUCAGUAACACUUACAGUUAGGCGGACAGUCUUGAUUUGGCUUUCAUAGUGGAGACUGUUCAGUAGUAAUGAAUAAAUUUUGCUGUAAGAGUCACUAAACUGUUGUUAGAGGCCUCUCAGAACACAUGCUGUUCUGUCUCACCUGUCUUUCGCCUGCCUUGAUAACCAAAGAAAUGCCCUGCAUUUUCAAAUAACUUACAAGCCAUAAAUCUGGUCUCAGUCUUUGCUCAGUUCUAAAUCCCUUACUAUCCUUUAAUUUCCAAAAUCACCCUGCUUUGGAUUCUGUUUUUACUUGAAAACUACAGCCAGGUCUGAUUUGCACUAUUACACCUCUAACUGUUUAGGUAGCAAAUAACCCGUUUUGGAUUGGAGCUAACGUGUGCAGGAAUAUGUAUGUCUGGGGUUUAAAUUGGUAAUAAUGCAAUCAAGGCCAUGGUCUCCCGCUGGUCCCUUACAAUUCUCUCUUAAUCUGCUUUCUGUUGCUUAUUCUGAACUGGACUUAUCCACUGUUAACUAAAGGACUUUUGUUUGUAGUGUAAUAUGCUUACUGUGGUCAAAUACUUGGUAAACUAGUAUAAUAGAUAGUAGGCUACUCCUCUUAACUAGGAAGCAUGUUUCAAAUAGCUGGUUUCUAUUACAAACCCUAUUCUAUACUAUUUACCCUCAGAAUUUAUUUUUAUCAGUAACAGUUUUAGAAAUACUCACUGCUGGUACAGUUGUACUCAAUAUAUUUUUUGUAUCUGCUUUUCAUUCGUAUAUGUAGGCCUAUACUUUGGCAUCCAUCUACAAAUCACAGCCUCUGGCAAGGUUGUCUGAAUGCAGUAUAAUGGGCUAGAUUGCUUUGUUCUGUGGUACCGGAUGCUGUAGCUUUAUGCAUGACUGAAUACAGCUUACGUUAAACCUCUGUAGUGCAAUCCUAUCAGAGAAAUGAUAACACUGUUAGUAACGGCUUUUAUUUAUUUUAAACGAUGUUUAGCCAUUAACCUUUUGACAAAACUUCUGAUUCUGUUAUCACACGAUUACUAACUCGGUUUUGUUUUGCGUCUUUGGAGAACAAUUGAGGAUGGUGACAUCUGUCUAUGGUGAAGGUGGUUGAUCUCUUCUUGGACUGUAGAAGAUUUUGAUGCACGUUGCAAAUGCGGUCAUCCCUUAUGUCGAGUAGGCAUAAACAUUCCACCAUGGCUGCCUGAAAAUUGUUUUUGGACUUUAAAUGUUGUGCAACAGAUGUUAUGGUUGAUUUUCACAAGUGGGGGUUGUGGCGUUACUUUAAACCUUGGUGAUGCUAUGGUGUCGGCUGCAAAAAGAAAAAAGAAAAAAAAAUAUUGUGGAGAAAGUUAGCAAUAGUACCAGUAAGUCUAAACAAGUCUAGAAGUAGUUUUGUUUUGUUUAACUCCAUUUAUAUCACCCAUCUGAAAAGAUCUUUUUACUUAAGGUAGUGUAAUGUUUUUUUGUUAACACUGAUGAAUGGCAUUGUACAUUGACAUCCUUGUUUUUUUUUUUGUAAGUUUGAGAGAAAUGUAUAUGUGUACUUGCAUUCAGUAUCCUUGACAAUUUUGAAAUUGCUAUACACACACACACACACACACACACACACACACACAUACCCAUACACACACACUACCCUGUCUUUCUUCUAUUUUUCUUUAUCUUAAGACUAUCAUUGCGCCGCGCGUAAUGAUCAUAGGUAUUGUUUUAUUAAGAACAGUGUACUCAUGUAGCAUGGAUAUUCAUUAUCCUCUAACCAUGCAUUUUAUCUUUUUUGAAAGUUGAUCUUUGUCCACUAUUAAGAGGUGUAAUAAGUGCAGGAACACAUCAGUCAUUCAGAGAACAGACUCUGUCGGUACAGUGUCAGAACGACCUCUACCAACAGUUGUAAAGAGUCCUGUGUAGCUCUCCUUGUACCACAGCGGAACUAAAGGAAUUAUCAUGGGAUCUACUUGUUUGACACAAGUUGAAUCCAAGUGAUAUGUUUUGGGGUAAGAUACCAAUGUUAUUUAAUUACUUUAUGUAGACUGCUUGUGCCUCAAAGACAAGUUGCAGAAACUAACUGCUCCAGGUGUCAUUCACAUGGGAAAAAAAGCAUUGUAAUACCUUUUUUUUUGUUCACUUUGGCCUUAUUUCUCCAGAAAAAAAAAUGCCACUGUUUUUGUACUUGAUUUCUUCUAAAUAAAUAUGCAA